GCAGACCGCACCCGUGAAGCGCUCGCGUGACGAGGCCAGCAAGCUGCUGGGCGAGAAGAUGCUGCAGGUAGAUGGAGCUUGAACCUCCACCUGCAGUAGAAUAAAUUGCUAACCAAAGCUUGAACUGCAGGGCUGGACGAUGCUGGGUGCCAGUUGCCCGGUCGAGGACUGCUACACGCCGCUGAUGCGCAACAAGAACGGCAAGAUGUUCUGUGUGCGUUGUGACCAGUACGUGGUUACGGAGGAAGAGGCCAAGAAGCAGGCGGAGCAGGAGGCCGAAGAGAUGGCUGCAGCUGCCGCUGCAGAGGAGGCGGAGGCUGAGGCUCGCUACGAGGAAGAGCGCAGACGCCGUAUUGAGCAGCAGUUCCGCUUGGAAGAGCAAGCCAAGCAGGCGCGAGAGAUGCAGGAACUUGAGCAGGCAAAGGCACAGCGAGCCACGAUGGCACAAGCUCCUGUACCGAAGCGCAAGAUCGACAAUGCGGCGAGCCUUAACGGCGCCGAAAGUGACGCUGAAAUCAAUGCCAUCCGCCGCCAGACUCUCGCUGCGCUCUAUCAGAAAAUGGAGGCUCUUACCGAUUCGCUGUCACCGAACGACCACAGCGAACGGCUCAUCUCGGUCGCCAAAGCUGUUAAGGAGAUUGCCGAAGCCGCUCAACUUCUGAAGUAGUCGCAUUCGUCG